AUGACCCCCUCGAUCCCCAGCUCCUUUAAGGGCCAGUUGCUGCUUGCACUCAUGCUCAGCGUUGGCCUCAAGUUGGUCACCUUCUCCCUCAGCACUCUCCUCACACGACUCCUGCUACCGUACCAGAAUGGAGUGUACUUCACCUUCAACGUGUACAAUGACGCUGUGUUGUUCAUUGCACGGGAGGCGACCCGCAGUGUGGCCUCUCGGCUGCCCAUCAUAGAGUCGAGUGCGGAAGCAGAGGACAAUGCGAAACAGGACGGCAAUAGCGAUGCGGCUCAAGAGGUGGGUCCUGCUGGGCAGGGUGGUGCUGAGAAUGCGCCAUCCGCUCCGUCUGCACGGACGCCGGCAAGUUUGGUGCGGGUGGCCAACAUCCGUGGAGUGGUGAGCAUCGCCCUCUGCUCUGUGCCGCUUGCCAUCGUCAUGGCUGCGACGGUGGAGGCUCUCGGUGCGUGCCUCGGCCCAGCAUCCUUCCUUCCGUCCCUGAUGCGGUACGCGCGUGCCAGCCAGCGAGACUUCCCCAAGGCGAAGAGUGUCAGCGACCUCGACAGCGCAAUGGCGCUGACGGGGCUUCCCUCUGUUGUGCUUCCGUACGUCCCAGAGAUGACGGUGGUGCUGUGCACCAUCAUCAUGGCAGCCAUGGAACCGUGUGUUGUGCUCGUUCAGUCACUGAGCCUUUUCCGUGUUGUUGUUCUGGCAGAGUGCGCGACGCUGGUAGCGCGGCUGUGUACCAUCAUCGGGAUCGCGUACGCUUGUCAGCGCGAUAUCGCCGGCGGCCGCACGUCCGAUGACGAAGUCGGUAAUGGGCUGCGCACCCUGUGGGAGACACGAAUGGCGAUGGCAUUUGGCCAGCUCGCGUACGCGAUAACACAUGUGAUCUACUACACGCUGGUCGUGUCGGGGCUCCCAGUUGCUCGCUGGCUUGGUUCAAGCCCCGAGAUGGAGCAGGUGCGAGCAGCAGCACUGCUGGCACGCGCAAGGGAACUGGGCCAGUCCCGACAGGGUGCAGUUGCAAGUGGGUCUGCUGCCAGUGCGAAGGCGGCGCCGCCUUCGGUUCUUCCCACCCCGUCGCAGUCGGUACGGUGGUCAUCCUUUGUCUUUCCCUUUUGCUUCUACUCAAUUGGGGACAGCGUCGUAGCCUGUCGGCGUCACUGCGCCCUCCUUAGCACGUUCCUGCGCGAAAGCCUGCUUCGACUGGUGCUGUCGGAAGGGGAGAGCCUCGUACUGACCUCGCUCGGCUCCGAGACGGCGCGAGGGUACUACCACCUCAUUUAUAACCUCGGCUCUCUCGUAGUCCGCCUUCUCUUCCGCGUCUGGGAAAACGCCUGCUUCGUCAAGUGGAGCCUCGAGGCUUCGCUGGGCCACAGACACACCGCCGUGCAUUUGCUGAAGCUGAUGCUGCGCUUAGCCUUCUAUGUGGGCUUUUCCUUCACCCUGUUGGGCCCCCCGCUAACACAGAAGUUCCUGACCACGAUGUACACGUCGCGGUGGGCGACGCCGCAGGUAUCGACGGCGCUCCAGCUUUAUUUCUACGCCCUACCGCUGAUGGCUUGGAACGGGCUGCUGGAGGCGUUUCUGCGUGCCGUCGCCUCCCCGGCGGUGCUGCAGCGACUGCAGCGGUGGAUGGUUGGGGAGACGCUCUUGUACAUUGCGGCGUGCUACGUCACGCUAACCGCCUUUGGCAAGACCGACAUGCAAGGGGAGAGUGUGAGCGUGCUGGUACUACUGAACAUCUUUAAUACGCUCUGGCGGUGUUGCGUGUCCAUCUAUCUCCUGGUGAGCUCUCCUACUGUUGUUGUCGGUGCCGCAACUGCUGUCUCAACUGAUGCCCGAGCCGAAGAUGUCGGCGGGCCUGCCGCGCCUGCAGCCCCUUCCCUUACCCCGUCAUCUCCCUUAGUGCGCCUCCAUGAUUUCCUGUCACUCUUUCCCAAGCGCAUCGUCGGCUCGAUCCUUGGGCUCUUCGUGUGCAGCCGUGCGCUGCGUGCAAACUCGGUGGUGGCCAUUGUGGCGGUCGGUUUGAUGUACGCCGCAGCGAUUCUUGCCGGGGAUGGCGAGGUGCGCCGGCUUCUCGUGACACCAGUGUGGAGCCGUGUGCGGCUGCUGUUGCUGCGGCACCGCCACGAUUCGCACACGGGCCCAGCCGCCGUCUCUCUGCAGAGUGUGGAAUCGGCCAAGAGCAAGCUGGAGUGA